AUGUGGGAAGAAUAUCCUGAUGUGUAUGGGGUCAGGAGGUCAAAUCGAAGCAGACAAGAGCCCUCACGAUUUAAUAUCAAAGAAGAGGCAAGUAGCGGGUCUGAGAGUGGGAGCCCAAAAAGAAGAGGCCAGAGGCAGCUGAAAAAACAAGAAAAAUGGAAGCGGGAGCCCUCAGAAGAUGAACAGGAGCAAGGCGCCAGUGCAGAGAGUGAAUCAGAGCAAAAAAGAGUCAAGGCCAGAAGACCUGUCCCCAGAAGAACAGUACCUAAACCUCCUGUUAAAAAGCAAAUGAAGACUCAGCGUGGAAAAAGGAAAAAGCAAGAGUCUUCUGAUGACGAUGAUGAUGAUGAUGAAGCUCCCAAGAGACAGACUCGUCGAAGAGCAGCUAAAAAUGUUAGCUAUAAAGAAGAUGAUGACUUUGAGACUGACUCGGAUGAUCUCAUUGAGAUGACGGGAGAAGGAGCUGAUGAACAGCAAGAUAACAGUGAAACUAUUGAAAAGGUCUUCGAUUCAAGACAGGGGAAGAAAGGAGCCACUGGAGCUUCUACUACUGUGUAUGCUGUUGAAGCUAAUGGAGACCCUAGUGGUGACUUUGAUAUUGAGAAGGAUGAAGGAGAAAUCCAGUAUCUCAUCAAAUGGAAGGGUUGGUCUUAUAUUCAUAGCACCUGGGAGAGUGAAGAAUCCUUACAACAACAGAAAGUGAAGGGCCUCAAAAAGCUAGAGAACUUCAAGAAGAAAGAGGAUGAAAUCAAACAAUGGUUAGGAAAAGUGUCUCCUGAAGACGUGGAAUAUUUCAGUUGCCAACAAGAGCUAGCCUCAGAGUUGAAUAAACAGUAUCAGAUAGUAGAGAGAGUAAUUGCUGUGAAGACAAGUAAAUCUACAUUGGGCCAAACAGAUUUUCCAGCUCAUAGUCGGAAGCCAGCACCUACCAAUGAACCUGAGUAUCUAUGCAAAUGGAUGGGGCUGCCUUAUUCAGAGUGCAGCUGGGAGGAUGAAGCCCUCAUUGGGAAGAAGUUCCAGAGCUGCAUCGACAGCUUCCACAGUCGGAACAACUCAAAAACCAUCCCAACCAGGGAGUGCAAGGCCCUGAAGCAAAGACCACGAUUUGUAGCUUUAAAGAAACAGCCCACAUACUUAGGAGGGGAAAAUCUGGAGCUCCGAGACUAUCAGCUAGAAGGCCUCAACUGGCUGGCGCAUUCCUGGUGCAAAAAUAACAGUGUAAUCCUUGCUGAUGAAAUGGGCCUAGGGAAGACCAUCCAGACCAUAUCAUUCCUCUCCUACCUGUUCCACCAACACCAGCUGUAUGGACCCUUUCUUAUAGUCGUCCCUUUAUCCACCCUCACCUCAUGGCAGAGGGAGUUUGAAAUCUGGGCACCAGAGAUUAACGUAGUGGUUUACAUAGGUGACCUGAUGAGCAGAAAUACGAUACGGGAAUAUGAAUGGAUUCAUUCCCAAACCAAAAGAUUGAAAUUCAAUGCACUUAUAACAACAUAUGAGAUCCUCUUAAAAGAUAAGACUGUGCUGGGCAGUAUUAACUGGGCCUUUCUGGGAGUGGAUGAAGCCCAUCGGUUGAAGAAUGAUGACUCUUUAUUAUAUAAAACUCUGAUUGAUUUCAAGUCCAACCAUAGGCUCCUGAUUACGGGCACCCCUCUUCAGAAUUCCCUCAAGGAGCUCUGGUCCUUGCUGCACUUUAUUAUGCCGGAGAAGUUUGAGUUCUGGGAAGACUUUGAAGAAGACCAUGGGAAAGGGAGGGAGAAUGGCUACCAGAGUCUUCAUAAGGUGCUAGAGCCGUUCCUUCUCCGGAGAGUCAAGAAAGAUGUGGAGAAAUCUCUGCCUGCCAAAGUGGAGCAGAUUCUCAGAGUGGAGAUGUCUGCUCUUCAGAAGCAGUAUUACAACCCCUUCAUAGCCCUCUGCCAGUGCAUUCCAGUUAUUUUUACCCAGUGGCGUCUGGAUGGUUCUAUCAAGGGAGAAAUCCGAAAGCAGGCACUGGAUCACUUCAAUGCAGAUGGAUCUGAGGACUUCUGUUUCCUGCUCUCCACAAGGGCUGGUGGCCUGGGAAUCAAUUUGGCUUCUGCGGACACAGUUGUCAUCUUUGACUCCGAUUGGAACCCCCAGAACGACCUGCAGGCACAAGCCCGAGCCCAUCGAAUUGGCCAGAAGAAGCAGGUAAAUAUUUACCGCUUAGUUACAAAAGGAACUGUGGAAGAGGAGAUCAUAGAACGGGCCAAAAAGAAGAUGGUUUUGGACCAUUUAGUGAUUCAACGCAUGGAUACCACUGGCCGUACAGUCCUGGAAAACAAUUCAGGAAGAUCCAACUCAAAUCCUUUUAAUAAAGAAGAGCUGACAGCUAUUUUGAAAUUUGGAGCAGAGGAUCUCUUCAAAGAACUUGAAGGGGAGGAGUCAGAGCCUCAGGAGAUGGAUAUAGAUGAAAUUUUACGCCUAGCUGAAACCAGGGAGAAUGAAGUGUCCACAAGUGCGACAGAUGAGCUUCUGUCACAGUUUAAGGUUGCCAAUUUUGCAACGAUGGAAGAUGAGGAGGAGCUGGAAGAGCGUCCUCAUAAGGACUGGGAUGAGAUCAUUCCAGAAGAGCAAAGGAAGAAAGUAGAGGAGGAGGAACGACAGAAGGAGCUGGAAGAAAUUUAUAUGCUGCCUCGGAUUCGCAGUUCCACCAAAAAGGCUCAGACGAAUGAUAGUGAUUCUGACACUGAGUCUAAGAGGCAGGCCCAGAGGUCCUCUGCCUCUGAGAGCGAGACAGACGACUCUGAUGACGAUAAGAAGCCCAAGCGCCGCGGGCGCCCUCGGAGUGUGCGGAAGGACCUCGUGGAGGGGUUUACCGACACCGAGAUCCGCAGGUUUAUCAAAGCUUAUAAGAAGUUUGGGCUCCCUCUAGAACGGCUAGAGUGCAUAGCACGUGAUGCUGAGUUGGUGGAUAAGUCUGUGGCAGACCUGAAGCGCCUGGGUGAGCUGAUCCACAAUAGCUGUGUAUCAGCAAUGCAGGAGUAUGAGGAACAGCUGAAGGAGAAUGCCAGUGAGGGGAAAGGACCAGGGAAAAGGAGAGGCCCCACCAUCAAGAUUUCUGGAGUUCAGGUUAAUGUGAAAUCCAUUAUCCAACAUGAAGAAGAGUUUGAGAUGCUGCAUAAAUCUAUCCCCGUGGACCCUGAAGAAAAAAAAAAGUACUGCUUAACCUGCCGGGUCAAAGCUGCGCACUUCGAUGUGGAGUGGGGCGUGGAGGAUGACUCGCGCCUGCUGCUGGGAAUUUACGAACAUGGCUACGGGAACUGGGAGUUAAUUAAGACGGACCCAGAGCUGAAUCUGACUGACAAAAUUCUGCCAGUGGAGACAGACAAGAAGCCUCAGGGAAAGCAGUUGCAGAACCGAGCCGACUACCUGCUCAAGCUGCUCAGGAGGGGCUUGGAGAAGAAGGAGGCAGUGACGAGUGGAGAGGAGGCCAAGUUAAAGCGGAAGCCUCGAGUAAAGAAGGAAAACAAAGCGCCUAGGCUGAAAGAUGAGCACGGACUUGAAUUUUCAUCUCCUCGGCACUCAGAUAACCCAUCAGAAGAGGGAGAGGUAAAGGACGAUGGCUUAGAGAAAAGUCCAAUGAAAAAAAAACAGAAGAAGAAAGAGAACAAGGAGAACAAGGAGAAACAGCUGAGCUCACGGAAAGACAAAGAAGGGGACAAGGAAAAGAAGAAGUCGAAAGAGAAGAAAGAGAAGUGUAAGGAGAGAAUGAGGCCCGUGAAAAAGGCCCUGAAAGAGCUGGACAAACCCGACAAGGGGCUCAAUGUGCAGGAGCAGCUGGAACACACCCGGAGCUGCCUGCUCAAAAUUGGAGACCGGAUAGCCGAGUGCCUUAAAGCUUACUCAGACCAGGAGCACAUCAAACUAUGGAGGAGGAACCUAUGGAUUUUUGUUUCCAAGUUUACAGAAUUUGAUGCUCAAAAACUCCAUAAGUUAUACAAGAUGGCUCAUAAGAAAAGAUCUCAAGAAGAGGAGGAGCAAAAGAAGAAAGAUGACAUGAUUGGUGGGAAGAAACCAUUUCGCCCAGAGGCUUCAGGCUCAAGCCGGGAUUCUCUGCUGUCUCAGUCCCACACCUCGCAUGGCCUUCACCCCCAGAAGCCUCAUAUACCCGGCUCUCAUGGCCCACAGAUGCAUGGACACCCAAGAGAUAACUACAGUCACCCCAACAAGAGGCACUUCAGUAACGCAGACCGAGGAGACUGGCAGAGGGAAAGGAAGUUUAGUUACGGUGGUGGCAGCAGCAACCCUCCGUGGGGCGGCGACCGGCACCAUCCGUACGAGCAGCACUGGCACAAAGACCACCAUUACGGGGACCGGCGGCACGUGGACGCCCACCGUUCUGGAAGCUACCGCCCCAACAGCCUGUCCAGAAAGAGACCGUAUGACCAGUACAGCAGCGACCGAGAACACCGGGGCCACAGAGAUUACUACGACAGGCACCAUCAUGACUCUAAGCGGAGGAGAUCCGACGACUUUAGGCCUCAGAACUACCACCAGCAGGAUUUCCGGCGCAUGUCUGACCAUCGACCCCCUAUGGGUUACCACGGCCAGGGACCCUCAGACCACUACCGCUCCUUCCACACAGACAAGCAGGGAGAUUAUAAACAGCCGCUGCCCCCGCUGUCCCUGGCUGCCUCGGAUCCCCGCUCACCCCCUUCUCAGAAAUCCCCUCAUGACUCCAAGUCGCCUCUGGAUCACAGGUCUCCUCUGGAGCGGUCCCUAGAACAGAAGAACAACCCGGAUUACAACUGGAACGCUCGGAAAACAUAAAGGACGCUCAGGACGGGGAGAGCAGGAGGCGUCAGUGCGAGGACAUUUUUGGUGUGGUCCUGCCGUGAGGCUGCUGAGCCCGAGGGCGCUGACCCGCCCCUCCAUCUGCUCCC